AAAUAACAAGGAGUAAAAAACACCAAUUACACCAGCACACAAACAAAACCUUAAAAGUCCAAGCAGUUCAACGUCUGGAGGCUAGGGUUUCACUAGCGCCUCCGCCUUACGCCUUGAGGUAAAUUUCCAUUAAUCUCGAUUUCUCACAGACAUUUCGUAUUUUCCUCGAAUUCAGAUUUGGGGGAAUUAGAGAUUUAGGUAGUUACCUUUUGAUUUCUCAUAGACAUUUCAUCAAACACCUUACCUUCCAUAGAUUAUUUUGGUUUACAAUCACAACAAUGGUGGAGAAACUCAAACAUUUAGCUUUGAUUGGAACUGGAGCUCUGUUAGGGUCUCUCUCCACAGUCGCUCUUCUAAAACUCUUAUCCAAUCAAAUUCCAAAGCUUUGCAGUAGUAGUAAAGCAACUGAGCUCAUUACUAAAAGUGGUGGCAGUGGGUUUGACAGAAAUGUAGGUGGAGAGGAAGGGAAAGGGAGUUUAGACCUUUUGAAUGAUGAAAUUGUAUCUGAACAUCUUACUAGGAACAUACAGUUUUUUGGGUUGGAGUCACAGCAGAAAAUUAGCUCCGCGUAUGUUGUUGUCAUUGGUUUAGGAGGUGUUGGGAGUCAUGCUGCUUCUAUGCUGUUGAGGUCUGGGGUUGGGAGGUUGUUACUUGUUGAUUUUGAUCAGGUAUCGCUUUCGUCAUUGAAUAGACAUGCUGUUGCAACAAGAGCUGAUGUUGGGAUUCCGAAGGCGUUGUGUCUGAAGAAACAUUUUGAAUUGAUAUUUCCUGAGUGUCAGAUAGAGGCUAGAGUGCAAUUGUAUGAUGAUUCUUCGGAAGAGGAGAUACUUUCAGGAAAGCCAGAUUUUGUUUUGGAUUGUAUUGAUAAUAUUGAUACAAAAGUGGCACUUCUUGUUGCGUGUGUACGGAGGGGUUUGAGGGUUCUUUCUGCUACUGGUGCAGGUGCUAGAGCUGAUCCCACACGUAUUCGUAUUGCUGAUUUGAGAGAAUCGAUUACUGACCCUCUAUCGAGAUCAGUUAGAAGUCGAUUGAAAAAGUAUCAUGGGAUUGAAGGUGGAAUACCUGUAGUUUUCUCUAUGGAGAAACCUAAAGUGAAGCUUCUUCCAUUUGAAGGAGCAGCUGGAAAAGAGGAAAAGCCGUCGGAUUAUCAAGUCGUGCCUGGGUUCAGAGUGCGGAUCAUACCUGUGUUAGGAACUGUUCCUGCAAUCUUUGGACAGGUGAUGGCCUCCUAUGUGUUGACAACACUUGCAGAGUUUGACGUUCAUACAGAGCCGAUAGUGACUUUGGAUACGAAUCAUUAUACAACUCUUCAUCACCGUCUCAUUGAGCAUGAGGAGAUUGUCUAUGGCAGUUCAAUGGAAGUACAGGUGGAUGUUGAAGACGUGAUGUACAUUGUCAAAGAGUUGUGGCAUGGAAGAAGUACAAGAGAUCGAGAGCCAGGAGAUGUUGGAAGAGGAAUGUGGCGAGCUGUGCAUGAGUUGAUGCUUGUGAGGUGGGACAAAACCAGGCCAGCAUCUGUCUCUAAUUUAAUUCUUCUAAGAUUCAAGGAGGCGGAGGAACAUGAGCAGACGACACUUGAUGACAUAAAGGAAACUGAACCGGACUACUUCAAAAGGGUGGCAUCUGUGCUGAAGAGAGCUGAGAUUGAAUUUGGGUUAUAGCCAUUUCUAUAGAAAAUGUGUAGUUUUGUGCACUUUCUUAUGCAGUCAGCAUCUAUUAGCCUGACAGAUCAUUGCCGCAGUCACCUUAUCUCAAGGCUCUACUCUUCUCUGGAUAUGAGGUUUAAGCAAUCUUUAUGUACUUUUAUGUGCAAUGGUUUUAGAUGCUAGUCAAUCAAGUAUUUUCUAUUUCCUUUUUUUCUUUGUUCUGUUUUGUUAUUAUGACUAUUUAAAAUGAAUUAGAACACCUGUUUUCUUUGCUUAGAA